ACCAGUCCACCACACUCUCUAUUCUCGCUUAAAACUAAACCAAGCACAAUUGAAAGCAGAGGCCAAAGCCAUUCUCUUCUUUCUCUCUCUAAAAUCUAAAAGCAACCGAAUUCCAGAAACAUGCCACCUGGCGAAGAACAUCAACAAUUGCUCCUCAACAGAACAGUCGAUCCCGAUGAGGAUGGUGUUCGAGAAGAAACAGCGUACGAUUCGACCGAGAAAAUCCACAUCAUUGGAUUCAACGACAAAGAAGAACAACUUGUCGACGAGUUCAAAACGCCUCCGUUUUCGUGGCGGAAGCUCUGGCUCUUCACCGGACCCGGGUUCUUGAUGAGCAUAGCGUUUCUGGAUCCGGGUAAUUUGGAGGGCGAUCUUCAGGCGGGUGCGGUCGCAGGGUACUCUCUGCUGUGGCUGCUCAUGUGGGCCACCGCCAUGGGGCUCCUCGUCCAGCUCCUGGCGGCUCGGCUCGGAGUGGCCACUGGCCGCCACUUGGCCGAGCUGUGCCGAGAGGAAUACCCUAAAUGGGCGAGCUUGGUGUUGUGGGUGAUGGCCGAGAUGGCUCUGAUUGGCGCCGAUAUUCAGGAAGUCAUUGGAAGUGCUAUUGCUCUUAAGAUUCUCAGUAAUGGGGUUUUGCCUCUUUGGGCUGGUGUUGUUAUAACCGCUUCUGAUUGUUUCAUCUUUCUUCUUCUUGAGAACUAUGGUGUGAGAAAAUUAGAAGCGGUUUUCGCUGUCCUCAUUGCAACCAUGGCACUGUCAUUUGCAUGGAUGUUUGGUGAAACAAAGCCCAAUGGCGUAGAACUUCUCCUUGGUCUUUUGAUUCCAAAACUUAGCUCAAAAACAAUUCAUCAGGCUGUGGGAGUUGUUGGUUGCAUUAUUAUGCCUCAUAAUGUUUUCUUGCAUUCUGCACUCGUGCAGUCAAGACAGAUUGACCGUGGCAAGAUUGUCCGAGUCCAGGAAGCCAUCAAUUACUACUCCAUAGAGUCCACCAUCGCCAUUAUAUUUUCUUUUAUAAUUAAUCUAUUCGUUACAACUGUCUUUGCAAAAGCAUUUUAUGGUACUAAUGUAGCCAAUAGCAUUGGCCUACUAAAUGCAGGGCAGUAUCUUCAGGAGAAGUAUGGGAAAGGAUUGAUCCCAAUUCUAUAUAUUUGGGGUAUUGGGUUAUUAGCUGCUGGCCAAAGUAGCACCAUCACGGGCACUUAUGCUGGGCAGUUUAUCAUGGGAGGUUUUCUAAACUUGCGGUUGAAAAAAUGGCUUAGGGCAUUGAUAACGAGAAGCUGCGCUAUUGUCCCAACUAUGAUAGUAGCUCUUGUUUUUGAUACCUCCGAGGACACGUUAGAUGUUCUGAAUGAAUGGCUUAACGUGCUUCAGUCAAUUCAAAUACCCUUUGCACUUAUUCCUCUUCUUUGUUUGGUGUCCAAGGAGGAGAUCAUGGGUGUUUUUAAAAUUGGCCCUGUACUCAAGAUGGCUUCGUGGCUCGUGGCUGCCCUGGUGAUUGUAAUCAACGGAUAUCUUUUGCUGCAAUUUUUCUCUUCUGAAGGAAGUGGAGUGUUGUUUAGCUCGGUGAUAUCCACUUUUACAACUGCAUAUGUUGUGUUUAUAAUAUACCUUGUCUCACGGGGCAUUACCUUCUCUAACUGGCUUGGUUUUUUACCAACCAAGAGACUAACGAACACAGGGAAUUGAAUAAUUAUUAUCCAGCUCGACGGUCAGGCUCAGUAUUGGAAUGAUGCAGUACUUUUUGCUGUUGGAUGUUAAAUCGUCUUUGUACAGCUAAUGAUUAUUUUUGAAAAGGGAUAUCCUUAAAUUUAUGCUGAUUCAGGAGGUUAGAUACGUAUAAUAGUCUGAAGCAGUGGCUUAUGGUAGUUUUUUCUGUGCCAUAAGAAAUGAAAAGAAGUAGAAUCUUUGUGAUAACAAUCAUCACUUUGAAUUGUAUAUGAAGUACUAUAAAGGAAGAAUUGAGCAGGCUUCUACAUGAACAUACUUCCAAUACCCUGCAAAAAGUAGAAAGCAAUGUAUGCAUGUGUAAUUGUUAAAAACUUGUGUGUUUGCUGUAGAGAACAAUAUUGUAGUAAAUUUGGCAAUGUUCCAACUUGAUUUGCGCAAUACAAUGUGACAAGUUCCUGUA